AUGGUUGAAGAAGCACUUUCUAAUUUUGGUUUAUUUAUUGAUGAUGAAAAUAAAAUUCGUUUAAUCGAUCCAGAACGACUAACUGAUUCAGCUGAAUUACGUGAUGAAUGCAAGGAUUUUGUUGACAAUGUACUUGAAUUCAAAAAAAUUGUCGAUACAUUAAUUGAAAAAACUGAAGAAUAUUCAAAACAAGUCGAAGCAGCACGACUUAAAGCAAUUGGAGCCAAGAAUAUGUUAAAAUCAUCGACUAAAUAUCGAGAAUUUGAAAAACAACAAUUACAAUCAUUAAUUAAAGAAAAAAUGAUUGAACUGGAUAGACUUCGAGUUGAAUAUGAAUCAUUACAAAAAACUGAACGUGAACAAAGUGAAAAAAUGGAACAACUUUCAUUAAAAUCCUUGCUGUUUUUAUUAUGUACUCAAAUUGUUCAAUGUCAAAAUCUAGGAGCUAAUUCAAUAAAUACGAAUAAUGGAAUAUGUUCAUGUAAUUUAAACAAUGGUUCAUGUGAUGUACCAUGCUGUUGUGAUACUGAUUGUUCAGCAGAAGAUAUCAAAACAUUCAAUUGUAAUGAUUUAAUAAAAAAUAAAAAUAUUAAUUCGAUUUCAUUAAAAUCUUCGGCACAAUUAACAUGUUUCAAAAAUAUACCAAUAUAUAAAUCCAAUUCACCAUAUAUUGUUGAAAAACAGGGUGAUCUUGUUUGUGUUGGUGAUGAACGAAAUAUUGAUACAAAUGCUGCCGAUUAUCAACAACAAAUAAAUCAAAAGUUAGAUUCAAGUGUUUUUUCACGAUCAAUCAAUAUUGAUAAUAGUGUUUCAUCACCACUUGGAACACCAAUUGAGCUAACUGACUAUCAAGCAGGCAUUUCAAUAUUCAGAUAUAUAUCGACAACUAAUAUAACAAGUUAUUAUUCACUACCAAUAAAACUUUUCAAUAGUCAAAUAUGUUCAGGUUUACAACCAAUAACUUAUAUGAAUGAUUUUGAUUCAACAUGUGCUCAGCCAGUAAAUGAUCAAACAUGUGUUGGUGCACUCAGUGCUACGAAAUAUAUUGGUUCAUUUUGUCUUCUUACGAAUCCAGCAACUCUCGCCAGUAAUAAUCGAAGUUAUAUUUGCUGUAGCGGAAUUGCCACAUCUACAAGUUGGGCUGAUCCCACAUGUUCAAAUGCUCUUCAAAGUUUAACAAUGAAAAUUUUCUAUAUAAAUCCAAUAGGUAUAACUAAUUGUAGUAUUAUUUUGAAUACUACCGAUGCAAACUCAGGCAACACAGUACAACAAACAUUUACUAUUCGUUUUAUUCAAAAUGGAUCGACACCAUCAACGACAUCACGUAGUGGAAAUCCAGGUUAUAUACAAGGAGCUCCUAUCAUAGCUGGUAUUUUAAAUGGAAGCUCUGUUGAUGUAUCAGAUUUUACCAUUCUCCAAGCAUCAGCAAACAGAUAUUGUUCUAACAACAAUCGUAUAACUGUUCGUUUUGGUGAAAAUGUUCAAUCAUCAUGUUUAUUUAGUUCAACUGCUUCCGAAAUUUGUCCAAAUCAAACUAAUCUGCCAAAUAUUUUUAUGCCUUUCAAUUCUUUUAAUCUCUUUGUUGCUGCUAAUGGCAAUCCAAAUUCAUCAAAUAUUAGCAAUUGGCUACCUGUUACAUAUUGUAUAUUUGAAAUAGGUUCUUCUAAUGAACCUGUGUGUCAACAAGGUUCCAUUCCAAAUUCAUCAACAGAUCAAUGCUAUAUUCGACUCGACAUUCAAAUAGCUUAUGCUAACAUUGGUGCUGUUACUAAUCCACAACCUAUUCUUGGUGCAGUUGUAUUUCAUUACCAAAGUGUAACUAAAACAUAUACAUCAACAUUGACAACACCAUUACUAAUAAGUCAGAGUGUUACUUUUCAAGAUAUAUCGAAUGCACCUGUUGCUCAAGGCGAUCGACUACCACGACCUAAUGUUCGCCUACCAGGUGAUUUCUUUUAUCCAUUUACUCUUAAUCGAGCAAGAAGCUCGAUUUCAUUUUCAUCAUUUUUUAAUCUUUUUAUUGUUUUUAUUUUUACUCUCAUGUAG